UACAGCAUGGCCCAAACAGAGAAGAAAGGUGGGCUGCUCCGAAAAUCUUCAGCCUCCAAGAAGCCAUUGAAGGAGAAAGUUGUGCUGAUGUAUGACGAGAUUUUCAUGACAGAGGACCCCAGUAAAUGCAACCCUAGGUUUUGGGAGGAGCUGUUUCUCAUGAAGGUCAACUUGGAAUAUCUAGAAGGCAAGCUGGAGGCUCUGGAUGGGGAAGAGUUAAUGAAGAUAAAAGAUAACAUCAACUGCUUGUUUCAGCACUGCAUCCAGGCACUGGGUGAGGAACACCCAAUCAGAGUGGUCAAUGCAUUACAGACUUUGUGUGCAUUGAUUCGGGGUGUCCAUCAGAAGAACAAAUCCACUUCUGGGUUUGACAUCAUCAACAUGCUUGUGGGUUUUGAUAAGGCAGAGCUAUGUAUGAAGAAUCUGAUGGGGAGCUUGGACUCGCUCCUCCGUGCAGAAGGUUCUGAAAGCCUCAAAAGCUUGUGUCUGAAGCUACUUCUCUGCUUGGUGACGGUGACAGAUAACAUUAGCCAGAACACCAUCCUGGAGUAUGUGAUGAUUAACAGCAUAUUUGAAGCUAUUUUACAGAUCCUGUCCAGCCCACUUAGUCGCAGGGAACAUGGCUAUGAUGCUGUUGUCCUUCUUGCCUUGCUGGUCAACUACAGAAAGUAUGAGUCAGUGAAUCCCUACAUUGUGAAGCUCUCCAUCGUAGAUGAUGAGACCACACUCAAUGGAAUGGGACUUGUAAUUGCUCAGGCUUUAUCGGAAUAUAACAGGCAAUACAAAGAUAAAGAAGAGGAGCACCAGAGUGGUUUCUUCUCAGCCCUAACUAAUAUGGUGGGCAGCAUGUUCAUAGCAGAUGCUGAUGAGAAGAUCUCAGUCCAAACGAAUGAAGCAAUCCUUCUGGCCCUCUAUGAAGCUGUUCACUUAAACCGGAAUUUCAUCACAGUUCUGGCACAAAGCCAUCCUGAAAUGGGGCUGAUGACAACGCCAACAAGCCCAAUUCCAACGACACCUGUCACUCCACUUGGAACCACCCCGCCUUCUUCAGAUGUUAUAAGCUCUGCAGAGCUGCCUUUGGAUGCUGAUGUGCAAACUAGCAACCUGCUGAUAACCUUCUUGAAGUACAGCUCGAUUGUGAUGCAGGACACAAAAGAUGAGCACCGGCUACACAGUGGCAAGCUGUGUCUGAUUAUCCUGACAUGCAUAGCAGAGGAUCAGUAUGCUAACGCUUUUCUCCAUGAUGACAACAUGAAUUUUCGAGUAAACCUACACAGGAUGCCAAUGAGACAUAGGAAGAAAGCAGCAGACAAGAACCUGCCCUGUCGCCCGCUGGUGUGUGCAGUGCUUGAUUUGAUGGUGGAGUUCAUUGUAACACACAUGAUGAAGGAAUUUCCUAUGGAUCUCUAUGUACGGUGCAUUCAGAUUGUGCACAAGCUGCUGUGCUACCAGAAGAAAUGCAGAGUGAGGCUUCAUUACACCUGGAGGGAGCUCUGGUCAGCUUUGAUCAACUUGUUGAAGUUCCUCAUGUCUAAUGAGACUGUGUUGCUGGCCAAGCACAACAUAUUCACCCUUGCUCUUAUGGUUGUGAACCUGUUCAACAUGUUCAUCACUUAUGGAGAUACCUUUCUCCCCACUCCCAGCAGCUAUGAUGAGCUGUAUUAUGAAAUAAUUCGGAUGCAUCAGAAUUUUGACAACCUUUAUUCUAUGGUUCUAAGGCUUUCUACCAAUGCUGGUCAAUGGAAAGAGCCUGCAAGCAAGGUGACCCAUGCAUUAGUCAAUAUUAGAGCCAUCAUCAAUCACUUCAACCCGAAGAUAGAGUCUUACGCUGCGGUGAAUCACAUAUCACAGCUCUCCGAGGAUCAGGUUUUGGAAGUGGUACGGUCCAACUACGACACACUGACCCUGAAACUGCAGGACGGACUGGACCAGUACGAGCGCUACUCAGAGCAGCAUAAAGAGGCUGCCUUCUUCAAAGAGCUGGUAAGCUGCCUUGA